AUGACUUUACAACAACACUCUGACGAGGACUCAACCACAUCAUCGCCCAACAACAAAGCGGUUGAAUUGAAAGAGACCACAACCACCACAGGUACCGUCGACGAUAGGUACCAUCAACAAGAAAAAGGUGAAUUGCAAUCAGCGACUCACAGUGAAGUAGAUUUAGAGUCUCAAGUGUUUGAAGACGAUGAGACCUAUGCAUCAAGUAAUCAACCAUUGAUUGAAAAAAACAAUCAUUCAUCAUCGGAACAAAGUACGACAAGUAACAGAGAAUCGUCGGAGGAAAAUUAUUUUGAACAAUCAAUUUUUAAAACUGUAUAUAAGAGAGGCAUUUGGCUGAUUUUGUUAUUGAUUUUACAGUCAUUUUCUAGUUUCAUUUUGGCGUCUUUUGAGGCUUUACUUCAAAAGCACAUUAUAAUUUCAUUAUUUCUCACAAUGCUCAUUGGUACAGGAGGAAAUUCUGGGUCUCAAUCGACUAUUGAAAUUGUUCGCCGCAUUACAACGGGUGAAAUCAAAAAAUCAAAUGUGUUGUCGGUCAUAUGGCGUGAAUUCAGGGUAGGAAUAUUAUUGAGCUUAUUUGUGGGCAUUGUUGCUUUUAUCAGAGUGUAUUUUUAUAGAGUAUUUAACAUGACCAACGAAGAAUUGCAAGGCAUGUCACCAAUUAUUGCUGUUUUCUAUCAUGUCACUUUUUUGAAGGAAUUAAUUGCUCUUACUUUAAGUGUUAUACUUAUUGUUGUCAUCAGCGUUUUGGUUUGUGCAGCUAUUCCAUUGUUUGUGCAUUUUGCUCUUAAUUUUGACGCAGCGAUAUCGUCGGGGCCCAUGGCCUCUGUGAUUAUGGAUCUUCUUGGAGUAUCCAUAACUGUGCUGGUGUGUUCAAUAACUCUCUAA